CCGGGGCUGCUGGUCCGCGUUCUGGGACUACGAGACGCCCAAGGUGAUCGUGGUGAGGAACCGGCGCCUGGGGGUCGUGUACCGCACGGUGCAGCUGCUCAUCCUGCUCUACUUCGUGUGGUAUGUAUUCAUCGUGCAGAAGAGCUACCAGGACAGCGAGACAGGACCCGAGAGCUCCAUCAUUACCAAGGUCAAGGGCAUCACCACCUCGGAGCACAAAGUGUGGGACGUGGAGGAGUAUGUGAAGCCCCCCGAGGGGGGCAGCAUAUUCAGCAUCAUCACCAGGAUCGAGGUCACACCCUUCCAGACCCUGGGAAUCUGCCCAGAGAGCAUAAGGGUCCACAAUGCCACCUGCCAUUCGGACAACGACUGUGUGGCUGGGGAGCUGGACAUGCUGGGCAACGGACUUCGAACUGGCAGAUGCGUACCCUAUUACCACGGGGCCUCCAAGACCUGCGAGGUGUCCGGUUGGUGCCCAGUGGAGGAUGGGGCCUCUGUCAGCCAAUUUCUGGGUUCAAUGGCUCCCAAUUUCACCAUCCUCAUCAAGAACAGCAUCCACUACCCCAAAUUCCAGUUCUCCAAGGGCAACAUCGCAGACCGUAAGGAUGACUACCUCAAACACUGCACUUUCGACUACGUCUCCGACCCUUACUGUCCCAUCUUCAAGCUGGGCUUCAUUGUGGAGCAGGCAGGGGAGAACUUCACAGAGCUUGCACACAGGGGUGGUGUCAUUGGGGCCAUUAUUAACUGGGACUGUGACCUGGACCUGUCUGCGUCGGAAUGUAACCCCAAGUACUCCUUCCGGAGGCUGGACCCCAAGCACGUUCCUGCCUCCUCAGGCUACAACUUCAGGUUUGCCAAGUAUUACAAGAUAAAUGGCACUACCACCCGCACACUCAUCAAAGCCUACGGAAUCCGCAUCGAUGUCAUUGUGCACGGACAGGCAGGGAAGUUCAGCCUGAUUCCCACCAUCAUUAACCUGGCUACUGCUCUGACCUCCAUCGGGGUGGGAUCCUUCCUGUGCGACUGGAUCUUGCUGACAUUCAUGAACAAAAACAAGGUCUACAGUCAUAAGAAAUUCGACAAGAUGGAUGCCCCGGAUCAGCAGGCUGGACUGCCCACCUCUAGGCUGGCUCAGCAGGACUCCAAACCUGCAGACCCCAGAGGCCUGGCCCAACUCUAGUUCCUAUCCUCACUGCUGCAGCUUGGGACCCUGCCAGAGCCCAGCUGCUUUGGCAGUACCAAGGACCCACCCACCUCAGUAGCCAAGAGCCCAUGAAAGGACUCCAUGUAAAGGGGGCCUUACUCUUGUCCUAAGCCUGUCUCCCCACCCUCUCAGGGCCUGCCAACCCCCCUGCCAGUGGACACCCACAGGGCUUGUCACCUUCCUUCCUAUUCACCAUUCUCUCUCAUAGCCUGUUGGGACCUCAAGUCAGAGCUGAGAUCUAAGGGGGCUCUGUUCCUGCUCUUGAAGCACACACCUACAAUAUCAUAACCCCAAACUGCCCAGCCCUGUCCUUAG